AUGCUGAAGUGGACGGUUUCGAGAUCGUUAUCGACAACCAGUUCGACACCCCACGGUCCUCCCACCUUGAACAAGGCAUCUCGCCGACCUUUUCGAGACUUGUCUAACACUCCGCCGACCGCGGCUAGUUGCCGAACCAGGCAAGUAACUACACAGAAUGUGUCGAACACGUCCAGGACAACGCCGGCCCGUAGGAGAAGGUGUAGGAGUCAUGGGACCGACUUGAGAACAUACUUUCAGGCGACGAAGCCACAUUUGAGACCAAGCAAACGGCAAUCUAUGUCGUACGAAUUGGAAAAUUCUCCAGUAUCGGAAAGCUUCUAUCAAAGCACGCCAAGAGUGGACAACGAUAUCGGACCGCUCACUUAUUAUCCACCCGGUAGCAAAUGCUCCACCGCGCUGACCCUGCCGACCGAUCCCGCGCUUUUCAUGAACAAUCGUACCAAGAAUUUUCAAAGCGAGAACGAAUUGCCGCAGAACGUCGUCAACGAGGCGCGAGCGAAUUUACAGUCACACGUUUCCGACUUUUUUCAACAGAUCUCGAUGGCGACCAGUCCCGAGGACGUGAUGGAGGCGGGCUCGAUGCCUCUGGGACCGAAGACCAAGGUCUAUUCCCAAAAUAACGAGCAAAAGACGCGAUUAGUAAGAACACCAUAUUUACCGAAAUUGGCGAAAAUUACGAAGCUUCACGCGCGAUGUCGGACACCCUAUCAUACUAAACUUGUUCAAGCAAUCAGUCCGUUCAAGCCGAAGGCGACGCAAGGGCAGACGCCGCUCGCCGGCAAGCUAUCGAAUCUCACGAUAGAUCAAGAUUUACCCGAAUAUGAGAAUAUGGACAACACUGUGACGGAGGUGCUUCACAGAGAACAAGAAGUCAACUUCGGCAGCAAAACGGUAGCAGAGAUUCUACUUGGCGAUGCCGAAGAAAGGAACAAGGUCUUAGAAGCGUCGUGCGAAAAACAGUCGGACUUAAAGAUGAUGGAUCACACGUAUGAAACUAUCGCGGAGCAAGAUGAAGUAGUGGAGGAGGAAUCGCCGGCGCGUAACGACAGUUCGAUAUCGUCGGUCAGUCAACUUCUCGAAGACCCCUCCCCGGUGUCCUGGGCCUUUGCGUCGCCUCUGAACGAUCUCGGGGGUGAGUUUACGUUGAAGAGGCAACGUGGCAUUCGCCGAAAACGCCCGCGGAAGGACGGCGACAAAGAAGCAGAUGGCAAACGAGCUAAGAGGACGUGCAGCCCUUCGGCAAAAGAAGAUCAAAACACGCUGGUCGAAGCCGUCAAUCCGAACGUGAAGAAGCUCGCGUUAGAAACGGAUCUAGAUUCGACUUUGGACGAGAAGCACAUGCCAGCCACAAAAGCGUCCUUCGGCGCUGAAAAUCGCAAGGAAGAAGAUGUCAGCAGGAAGACGAGUUCCUGGGAUCUCGACAGCCCGAAAUCGUCCAUGAUGGACGAUUUGCAUAGCUCGAAAUCAUUCGUCACUUCUACGUCCACAACUCCGGAAGUUCCCUUGGUCGCGACUGUCAGAAGAUGCUUAAAGUUCAGUCCCGAGAGCGAACCGCCAACGAGAUCUACUUGUCGCGGAUCGAUCGAAAUCGAGUGCUCCCUUGUGGCGGAACAUAUACACGUUCGAGUGAUAAGGUGCAAAGAUCUGAGGCGGGCAUACGAGGGACCGGUGCACGCGUACGUCAAGGCGAGUUUGAAGAAUACCAGCGGCGAGGGAGUUGUUAAAAGGACCGCGGUUCACCGCGCCACGCCGAAUCCGGUGUUCCGCGAGACUCUAAUACUACCCUGCCCGGCGUACAACAGUCACUGCACCGGUCACAGGCCCACGUCCCUGGACAUCGCCGUCUGGCACCGGGAUCGUCGUGCGAGACGUAGCGAACUGCUGGGCUGCAUGACUCUUCCCCUGCCGCUGUCCCAAGAUAAGGAAGCGACAUGGCACCCUUUAGAAGGCGGAUCCGUCCGAAAUACGAGCACCCCUUUCGCGGGUGUACCACAGGAUUGCGUCGUGUCGCCACCAUUAUCCAAGGAUGGCGAGCAAGAUAAUAAUAACUCAGGGACAGAUGAUCUGAUGUAUCUGAGGCAUCUGGAGUUGGAACCGCUUGAUCCCUUAACAGGCCUACCCCUACAUCCGAACUUCACCGCGAAAGGCGGUAGAACACCGUGUACAAUUACAAGAAGGCUGAUAAGACAAACCUCGGUUAAUCAGAUACCAUGGGGAUUUUCGUUAUCAUGGGGCAGACCGCCUCGGGUGGAGCGCGUGGAUCCGGGAAGCCCGGCGGAUCGUUCCGGCCUACGACCAGGUGAUCACGUGGUUUUCGUCGAGACGACGAAUGUCGUGACGAGGCCGCGGGACGAGAUUCUGGGCCUCAUCCAGGCCGCGACAAAUCAGCUAGUGCUGGAGGUGUAUCGCAAGGGUGGCAUUCAGUCGUCUAGCACCCACAGGCCCAGUUCAGUCAACGCCACUCUUCAACAACCCGCGGCUGCCGCCGGCCCUAACAGCCAGCACGCGGUCACGUUCAACGCCGAGAUCUUCCCGAAUCUGGUACCUGACGCGCCACCCGAGGAGGAAUUGACUGUACGAGAGGCAAGAUAUUGGGGAGUCCUGAAGAGCGGCCACACGCGCUUCAUGAUUCCGCUGUGCGAGCACCGCGACGUUCUGGCAGCGGCGGACUACCUAAUCCUAUUUCAAAACCUGGACGAGCUGCUCAAGCUGUCCGAGGAGAUCAGAGACGAGGGCGGCGGUAUCGAUAGUUAUCUCUGCAGAGUUCCUAAAAUCACAGCUGCCUAUCGAAGAUACCUCAGUGGCCUACAACGUGCCUGUUGCCUCCUAGUCGCUCUCAGACGGAACGCGGCCUUCGCCAAGCUAGUCUGUGAACCCGCCGUGCCACACAAACGACGUCCCGACCUCACCGGGGUGCUACUUCUACCCUUAGAACACUACAGAGAGAUGACGAGAUUGUUGGGCCAGGCAUCCCCGCGGAAUUGUCAGCAAGCUAGGGAUUUGGCCCAAGGCUACAGAGAAGCUACGGCUAAUGCGGGUGUUAUGGAACCGCCGCGAGACACGGGAAGACCUCUGCUGAGUUUGCAGGAAGUGGAGUCUCGACUGGUAUUUGCGAGAUGCAAGCCGUUUACCUUAGCGAUGCCGGGAAGACAAUGGCUCUUCGGCGGCGCUCUCGCUAAGGUAGAAGGUCGUGCGCGUCUGCAGCCCUCUUGGGCGCUGCUACUGACUGAUCUUCUGGUGUUCGCGCGGGUCUCACGGGAUCGCGUGCUAUUCGUUACCGAGGAGCCUCUGCGAUUGUCGAGUAUCGCCGAAGCGUGUUUCACCGUGCGAAAAAGACCGACAGAAUUUCGACUGCAAGUCACGAUAAAUAGCAGCGCGGAAAACAGCAACGUCGAGACGCUGAACAGCGGCGGUUGCAGCCCUCACAGUCGACUCCGAAGACGCGUUAUCAUUCUUCGAGCACCCACCCCGGAGCUCAAAGCCGUGUGGCACAAUCUUCUUCAACGGCAAAUCAUCUAUGUGAACACAGGCUGUGACUUGGGCUCGCCGGAUCAGAAUAGCCCCGAAGAGAGUCCGAUCGUUAGCAACUUUGUCGUGACUAGAGAGUCCACGGAAAGUCCGCGGAUCGUGCCGGAGCCUCAGCAACCUGACGAGGAGAAGGAAUCGCAACUUGGAGGGAGUCUAGAGACGAUCCUAAAGAACUCUCGAGAGAACAAUCAUCUGGCCCAGUGGGUGCGCAAUUCGCAUCAGAUCCCUCCACCAGAUCAUGAAGGCUCUCUUGAGGAAUGGACGGCCGAGGAGUUAGCGGCCAGAGCUCCUCGAGAGAGUAACAGCAGAUCGACCAGUCAGGACACGGCGACGGAGGAAAUUACCACGGGGAAUUCCGACGCGGAACAACAGAGCACUGCAUCGAGCGCUAGUCUAAGUACCGUGAAGUCGAACAGCGUGACACGGAAAAACGGUCACAUGUCUUCGAAGGAGAACUCGACGAGCUCCAUCAGUAUCUGCCGAAGAUGUCACAGAUCGGGGUGUCCUACGCCGCCGUUACAAAGGGAUCCGUUUUCCCCGUUGCCCCCGAAAAUUUCCGUUCUUCCACCGACCCCUGAUCUCUGCACGAGACACAGACUGCGAAAUGGACUGCACGACAGUCCGGGACGUAACAGUCCUAGUUACACACCUGCGGAUGGUAACACCGAGGACGGCAGCGAGGACGAUCUCGACUGUGACGGAGAACCCCCGUACAGAGCUUUAAGGCGAUUCGGUACGAUGAGCAGUCUAGAUCAGGACGACGAGCUGGACGAGCAAGCGGACGACGACAACCGGGAUUUAGAGUCGCCGCCGUCCGGCUUGAGAGCGUGGACCGCUCGAGCGAGCAGUUACGUCGUCAGUAAGAUGGUUUUGCUAGAGCAACUCAGCGAAGGAGUCGGCGGUUAUCUUCUUCAACCACCGGUACCGCCGGAGCGAACCGAAUUCUCAUUGGAUCCGAACGACGAGGAAGGCACCACGUCUGGGGCGACUUCCGGUGACGAUAUUUGGGGCACACCGACCUCCGGCGGGCCGGACGACGAAAGUUUUACCGCCAAUUCGCCGCCGCCGAACGGCUGCAGUAGCAGCGGUGCGGGUGGCGCCAGCGCCAUCGGCGAGGACAACUACGGCCUAAACCUGUCCGUGGAGGAUGACGCCGAUCAGGAAUCGGAGAACGAGGACUGCUCGCUGCCGGAGCUGAGCAUGGAUCAGCUGCUGGGCGGCGGCGGUAGUCUGGGCUCGUUGCGCUGCUUCCUGGGCAGGAGACGGCUGGAGCCGCUGCCGGAGGAAGAGGAUUCGCCUGGCAGCGGCAAGCACCAGGUCGGGUGGUGGUGACAGCGGUUUCAAACGACGUCCAA